GGAAUAAUUAAAUAGAAUAUCGUAUAUUGAGACAUAGAGGCAAGCAAGUAAUUCACGAGAUACAAAUCGGAGUUGUCCGUAUAUUAUAUUUUGUAGCGAUCAAGAGAGACUAAGGCAGACAUGUGAGAGGGGAGAGGAUCCUAUAAACAAUUUAAUCUAAGAUCUCUGCUUUCUUCUUCUCAUAUAUAUAUUGCAUAUUUACACAUAGUUCCUCUAUAUAGAAAUCUAUCGAGAAAACUCACGAAACAAGAGGCUGAUCAAAAGCAUAGAAGAAGAAUGGUUUCAAGGGAACAGAAGAGAGGUUCUUUGCAAGAGAAGUUUCAAUUGCUUCGUUCAAUCACUAAUUCUCAUGCUGAAAACGAUACAUCGAUCAUAAUGGAUGCAUCAAAAUAUAUCCAAAAGCUUAAGCAGAAAGUUGAAAGAUUCAACCAAGACCCUACUGCAGAGCAAUCUUCAAGCGAGCCCACGGAUCCGACGACACCAAUGGUAACCGUGGAAACCCUAGAAAAGGGUUUUAUGAUAAACGUAUUCUCAGGGAAGAAUCAGCCAGGGAUGCUUGUAUCGGUAUUAGAAGCCUUUGAGGAUAUUGGGCUUAACGUUCUUGAAGCUAGGGUUUCAUGUACCGACUCCUUUAGCUUGCAUGCCAUGGGACUCGAGAAUGAAGAUGGAGAAAAUAUGGAUGCUGAAGCAGUGAAACAGGCAGUCACAGAUGCAAUCAGGAGCUGGGGUGAAAGCAAUGAUCCACAGAACUAGAUUGACCCACUUUUUCAAAAUUUCCUUUUUAUUUAUUUCUUAUUAUAUAUACAAAAUAUAAGGAAAUAACACAGUUUAUAUAGUAUUUCUACUUUUUUUUUCUUGUUUUUUUUUUCCUGUCCAUCUUGCUGUAGCCCUCUUAAAAAGGGAUAAUGAGGAAAAUUCAAUUGUAUGUUUUUUUUAAUUUCUUUUAAGCAAUAGAAAAUACGUUUAAAGCA